GCAGCUCCACUGAUUUAUUCCCUCCAAGACGACAAGCUUGAUCCCAAAUCCCGAGCAAUGAUGUCGAACGUCGGCUCCGAGUGCCUGCAGGGCUGCGAGGUGGCCUGUUCCCAGCCCUGUGCCUACAGCAGGAGCCUGGAGCCCUGCGUUACCUCCUGUGGAGAUUCCAGAGCCGUGGUGUUCCCUCCUCCCGUGGUCCUCACCUUCCCGGGUCCCACCCUCAGCACCUGCUCCCAGGAGAGCGUGGUGGGAUCGUCCCAUCCCAUGGUUUUGGGUGCUUCCAUCCCAAGCAUCUCUGAUGAGUCCUACGGGGUCGGGGGCUCCUUUGGGGCUGGGAGCACGGUGGGGGUGGGACCCUCCUUCGGAUCCGGGGGCUCCUUUGGCUACGAGGGCUCCUCGGGGAUCAGGGGUCCCUUUGGAUAUGGGGGUUCCUUUGGUUACGGAAUGCAGAAUUCCCGCGGGUCCUGUGGCUACAGGGGCGUGCUGGGGGCGAAGGGCUCCUUUGGGUCUGGGGGUGCCUUUGGCUACGGAGGCUCCUCGGGAAUGGGGGGCUCCUGGUACGGCCGGAGGUCCCACAGCAGCCACCGUGGAUCCUACCUGGGGAGCCAGAGCUCAUCCUAAAGCCAAACAACCCAGAGGAUGAAAACCCGGGAUCCAGAUCCAUGGCCAGGCCUGGAAUUCCGAGGCUGCUCCCUGAAAACCAGGCCCACAUCUCUUCCUGCUGUGCCUCAUCUUCAAUCAAACACCGUUCUGUGGGAUGACAUCUCUCCUGGAACUCUUUAAUUAAUCUUGUCCUGUGUCCUUUCUGGUGGGGUGGAAAUGCUUCAGAAUUCCAUGUGGGGUUUUUUGUAAAGGCCCCGGCUUCACCUUGUGGAAUGGCUUCUGCCACCCACGGGGGUGGCCUGGCUGCCCUGGGACCACCCACGAAUUGCUCUGUUUUGUUUUAUUUCAUUUACUUUACCCUAAUAAAAAUCUUUCCAAAUUGCA